UCGGCGAUCACAACUAAUCGGAAUUGAAAAAUAAUGCUUUAUUUGACUUACCGAAUGUCUUGUGUGAAUAUAAAACACAAUUUCCGUGCUUCAAACAAACUUUAAAAUUUAUAAAAGAGGCCGAAGUCUUAUUUUUAAAAUUAACAACUUGUAGAAACGAAAUGAAAAAAAUGGUGACUUUGCCUUCCAGAAAUUCCUGUGCGCACAAUUUACCCAUUUUUAUUUCUAGCAAUCGAUCUCGUCAAUGGGAGAAAAAUACCCUUUUUUUGUUUCUGAAAAUAUACUCGUUUUUUGACAUCUUGGAACAAUUCCAAAAAAUGGGUGAAUCUUCCACAUUUAAUGGGUAUCUUCAUGCUUCCGUGCGGUAUACAGCUACUCCACCAAUAUUAUACACUGCUAGAAAAAACAUUUUGAUUUUCAUAAGUUCUGCCUUAUGAAACCCUAUGAAUUCAUUAUAUUUUAAUUUCAUAAGGUACCAAUGGAAACCAUAAGUUUGCCUUAUGAAAUUCAUAGCUGUUUAUUGUGUUAAAUUAUCAUAAGGCUUUCUUAUGAAGAAGCCUUGUUCAUUUCAACGUUCAUUCUACUGACAGCUGCCAAAUAAAAAUGGCGUGCUCCCGGCAAAAUUUUUAUUUAAGCAAAUCUCUUUUGUUAUGUUCUCGACGUAUCUACACAAACGUACUGAACAGAACUGAAGUGAUCAUUUAACAAUUAUCAAUUAUUAUUCCUGGCUCAAUAAUUCAUUAAAGUGCACCAAGUGCACAUCUUGAAUAACAAUCCUAGUGUGCUGCCAGUACAGGAUCCAGCGAUCAAUAUGAAGACACGUCGGUCCGAUUCGGAAAAAAAUGAGACCAUCCAUGCAUAGCAUCCACAUCCAGAAGCCCGUUGCUUUCAUCCUGCCUGAUUGAUGAUUUUCCACGUCAUCAGUGUGAUGAAAGUACCAUCAACCUGCACUACCGAAACUCAAGGAUGGCCAACUAUUUAUCUGGAAGCAACAGCAUGGACCAUGAAUCAAUUGGACCGAAAUUCCUCCGAAAAUAAAAACAACUCCACGAGUCACGCUGCUAUGCCUUUUCCCCACGGUUUAGAAUGUCCUCUAUUGUGCCAAGUUUGCACACAGGCUCAAGGGGUGCAGUUCUUUAGUCAUAUAGUGCGAGUUGCAUACGCUAAAUCUGGACAGACGAUACGAGAAAGUGACUUCUAUCAGGUUUCGGAGAAAAUCGCCAAGAUCAGGGAAAAAAUUGUCGUUGCCACGAACUGCAUCAUCAGUACUUUAAGCUUGUCGUCGUUGAAUAGCAGCAGCAGCUUGGACGAUAUCAAGAAGGAAACUCAGGAAUUGCAUGAACUGGAACUGAGAAGAAAGCUUGGUGAUCCGCAGCAAAGAACGUCAAGAACGAACGAACGAUCUUUCGAUUAGCAUGAACGAUGUUUCUGUAGCCGUUGAGCAAAGGAAGUAAUGGUGUCUAGAGUGCACGUAUUUGUAACAGCGUAUCGAUUACAGCAUCUCGUACAGAUUGUACAUUCGUGUGAAGGAAUUUAGCUAGUUGAACGCCUCCUUCUGAUUGAUCUUAAACUAUAGUUCGUGUUAGUCAGCAGUUGUUCGAAACUUAUAUUUACUGUUGACCUUUACUUAUUACUGGGGAGCAUAUUUAAUCUGUCCUAUAUGGAUUCGAACGCCACCAUUUCGUGAUCUAUCAACAAAAACUUUAGCGUAUUUAGAAGUUUGAUCAUGCUUCAAACUCACGCUCCCUGUUUAUGAGAGCAGAAACCGAAAAGCAAACAGAAAAGGUCUACUACAAUGACUAAGGAACACAAGCAUGUUGACGUUUAUUUUUCUUCUUCAAUGGCUGUACUUUUCAACUGGAACUUGGCUCGCUUUCAACUUCUUGGACAUGUCCACAGUUAUUAAUUUAAAGCUUCUGCUCGUCAAUUGCAUGAAUGUGCAUCUUGUGUGGCAAGUACAAUAAAUACACUAUGCCCAGAGAGCCAGGAAUGUUUCGCACCCGAAAACAUCAGUGCUGUCCAAUGAGCAGCACGAAGUAGUUUGGGAAGUUAUUUCCAUUCCUCUCAUGUCCCUUUCGGGACCAAAGAUCGAAUUCGCCAUUUCAGGAUUGGCAAUCCCAUGCCUUUGUUCACAAGCCGGCAUUCAACAUUGGAAUUUUGCCGUUUAAAUGGUUUCAACUAGGAAAUUACAAGACCUAUGUCGUUUGUCAUUACGAUGUCGAUAUUAUUGACUCAAGUGUAACGCUGCAUGUUAAUAUAUACGAUCAUCGGUUCUCCAGUUAGCCUUGCGAGCAAAGGCAUAGGAUUGCCAAUCCGGAGAAGAAAGCUGGAGAGUUCGAUUCUCGGUACGGUCUAAGAUGUUUUUGGGUGGGAACUUUCUCGAUCUCUUGGGCAUAGUGUAUCCUUUGUACUUGCCACAUAAGAUACAUACUUAUGCAAUGGCGGGUGAAGAAAAGCUUUCAAUUAAUAACUGUGGAAAUGUUAUAUGUUGAAAAGCCGACCAUGUUCCAGUUGAAAUAUAGAGCCAUAGAAGAAGAAAUUCGAUCAGCAUCUUCAAAUUACUUAGCUCUGAAUUUGUGGUUUUGUUUCAUGCAUUUCCUAUUACUGCAGCAGUUUUUAAUUCCAUUAUUAUACAGAUUUUUCGUAAAUCAAUUGAGAUAGUAAUCGAUAGCCAUAGCAAUUUCGUCGUCGUGCUUUUCUCAAAUAUUGGCCAAAUCACACCAUAUAACAAUUCCGGAUGUCCGCUACUUAUACCCUAGACCAUGGUGUGUACUAAUACCCUAAAGGUAUAAAAUGUACAUAUUUAUAUGGAGUGUUAGUAAGUGUUUUAAAUAAAGACAGAGUUAUUGAACAACA